UUUGUGCAGUCCGGCGUGCGGUAUCUCCGAGUGAUGGGAGGUGAAGCGAUUUACAUCGACGAACACUGCCAGCUGAUCAACCAUAGAGAGGAGAAUGAGAUGCAAAUGUUUGCAUACAAAAGCCAGCAAUGUCGGCAGGCCCUGUGCAUUGUAGGAGGUAUCUUCACCUGCGGUUUCCUCUACCUUCUCUUUUACUGGAAGCCAGAAUGGAAUGUGUGGGCCAACUGCACCCCCUGCAGCUUGGAGGAGGCUGACGUUGUGCUGCUUAGAACCACGGACGACUUUAAGAGUUACUCCCGCAAAGUGGUUCGGUGGGUAUACCUCAGUCCUGGAAGUGACAGGGAGAGGCCUUUAUUUCAGGAUCAGGGUUCUGUUCUCUAUAAAGUCACCGUGCAUCCAGACCUGAAGGUGCGUUAUUUUGAGGCUCAGAAGUUACGCUAUGCCUGGGAUCGUAUGGAAUCCAUGUUUGUCAAACUGGGGGGCCUGGAUGACAGCCUGUCCUGCAAAGACAUCCACCGGAAAUACGGGAAGGGGCUUAGUGAAGAUGAGGAGAAUGUCAGGAGACUUAUUGUGGGACCAAAUAGCAUUGAGAUUCAGAUCUCUCCCAUCUGGAAGCUGCUGUUUAAAGAGAUCUUGAAUCCCUUCUACGUCUUCCAAGUGUUCAGCGUAUGCUUGUGGUUUGCAGAAGACUACAUGACGUAUGCCAUUUCCAUCAUCAUCAUGUCAGUCAUCUCCAUCAGCCUUUCUGUCUAUGAUGUCCGGCAGCAAUCUGUGAAACUGCAUAAGCUGGUGGCAGAGCACAACACCAUGAAUGUCAAAGUCUCCCGCAUGGGCACAGUUUGGGAGGAAAUCCCAUCAAGCCAAAUGGUUCCAGGCGAUGUCUUCCAGAUUACUGGAAAUAAACAGAUUCUCUCUUGUGACGCCAUACUGCUGUCAGGCAGUUGCAUUGUUAAUGAGAGCAUGUUGACUGGUGAAAGCAUCCCAGUGACUAAGUCAGCUCUUCCUCAGGAGAGUUCAUCAGGCCCAUGGAAGACCAGCAGUCCUGAAGAUUACAAGCGUCACGUGCUGUACUGUGGAACUCAAGUCAUUCAGAUCAAGGCAGCUAGUGGCACUGCUGUCCAAGCAAUGGUGCUGCAAACAGGAUUCACAACAGCAAAGGGAGAACUGGUCCGUUCCAUCCUUUACCCCAAGCCCACUGAUUUCAAGAUAUACAGAGAUGCUACCCGCUUCUUAAUGUGCCUCAUUGCAGUUGCCCUGAUUGGAAUGAUCUACUCAGUAAUCAUCUUUACCAUCAAUAAGGUAUAUGCAGGGGACAUUGUAAUUGAUGCCUUGGAUGUGAUCACCAUUGCUGUUCCCCCUGCUCUUCCUGCUGCAAUGACUGUUGGCAUCAUCUAUGCCCAGGGGCGUCUGAAAAAACGUGGCGUGUUCUGCAUCAGUCCCCAGAGGAUAAAUGUCUGUGGUCAAAUGAACCUGGUAUGUUUUGACAAGACAGGGACACUGACUGAGGAUGGACUGGACCUCUGGGCACUAAGUGAGGCAAAGGAUCAUGGCUUUGCCCCAUUGUUAGAAUUCCGUUCGGAUGCUUUUCUUCCUUGGGGUCCAAGUUAUGCUGCCAUGGCAACCUGCCAUUCACUUAUUACAAUUGAUGGUAUCAUUCAGGGAGACCCACUUGACAUCAAAAUGUUUGAAGCUACAGGUUGGGUUCUGGAUGAAAACACGGAAAAAUUUCAAAGCACACAGAAAGAUCCUCUCAGCCUCCUAGUGAAGCCCGGUACAAGCUUAAGGGCACCGGUAGAUGGUAUUAUAGUUCUCCAGCAGUUUCCAUUUUCAUCUAGCCUGCAGCGGAUGUCCGUGGUGACCCACAUGCUGGACAGUGAUGAGCUGAUCCUGUACAUGAAAGGUGCACCAGAGAAGGUGGCCAGUCUGUGCCAACCAGAGACAGUCCCCCUGUCCUUCUCAACCCACCUUGCUGUCUAUACUCAGCAGGGUUUCCGGGUUAUUGCUUUGGCAUACAGAUCACUUGGUUCAUCUGAGGACAUCAGCCUCCGCAAAAUCUCCAGGGAGUCAGCCGAAAUGAACCUCACCUUCCUAGGACUUCUAAUCCUGGAGAAUCGUCUGAAAGUUGAAACUGAGCCAGUACUGGGAGAAUUAAGGAAUGCGUGCAUUCGCUCAGUGAUGGUCACAGGUGAUAACCUUCAAACAGCUGUGACUGUUGCCAAAAAUUCUGGUAUGGUGCCCAAAUCCAGUAAGGUCAUCCUGGUGGAAGCUGCUCCUGCUACAGCAUCAACACAAGCCUAUGUGUCCUGGAGUUUGGUGGAGGAGCCCAGACAAAACUAUGGAGCCAUGGAAAGCCACAUCAUUAUGGAACCUAUAACUGAUUACCAUUUUGCCAUGACAGGGAAAAGCUAUGAGGUGCUGCUGCAACAUUUUUACCACCUGGUGCCCAAGCUGCUGCUUAAUGGUACAGUCUUUGCCCGUAUGGCUCCUGGACAGAAGGCGAGUCUUGUAGAGGAGUUCCAAAAGCUUGAGUAUGUGGUGGGAAUGUGCGGAGACGGAGCCAACGACUGUGGGGCUCUGAAGAUGGCACAUGCAGGCAUUUCACUAUCAGAGCAUGAGGCAUCUGUGGCCUCCCCGUUUACUUCAAACAUACCCAAUAUUGAAUGCGUCCCACUGCUUAUCCGGGAGGGCCGUGCUGCCUUGGUCACUUCUUUCUGUGUAUUCAAGUAUAUGGCACUAUACAGCAUGAUCCAGUACAUGGGGGUGUUGCUUCUCUAUUGGGAACUCAAUGAUUUUGGUAAUUACCAGUUUCUGUUUGAAGACCUCGCUAUCACUACGGUUAUUGGUGUUACAAUGAAUCUCAACCAUGCCUACCCCAAACUGGUGCCCUGGCGUCCCCCUGGUCAACUCAUAUCUCCCCCAUUGCUCCUUUCUGUAGUCUUCAAUACCUGUCUCAGCCUAGCAUUACAGACAUUCGGAUUUGUGGUGGUGCAGAAUCAGGACUGGUACUCAAGGACUGACCUGCUGAGUGGCUGCCCAGUUUGGAAUGUCUCCAACACCUCAAGUUUUCUCAGCAAUGAUGGUUUCCAGAGUUAUGAGAACACAACUGUCUGGCUGCUGUCUGUCAUUAGUUGUAUCUCGAUAGCCUUCAUUUUCUCCAAGGGAAAGCCCUUCAGGAAGCCCAUCUAUACAAACUAUAUCUUCAUGAUAGUACUGCUGGUUCAACUGGGAGUAUGCAUCUUCUUCAUCUUUGCAGACAUUGCAGGUCUUUAUUAUGCAAUGGAUAUGGUCUGCACUCCAGUCAUGUGGAGAGGCUACAUUGUGAUCAUGUUGCUUGUCAACUUCUUGAUCUCAUUUUUUGUGGAGGAGGUGAUUGUUGAGAAUCGUGCCCUGUGGCUGUGGCUGAAGCAGUGUUUUGGGGUCAAGUCCCGCCGCUACCGCGUAUUGCAGAGGACACUGGAGGGUGAGCCUGGUUGGCCUCCCAUGGCAAAGACCGAGUUUAGUCAUCCAGCAUCUCUUCUGGAGAAGGACAAUAUGGUCUUCCAAAAUGCAGCUUUUGAACACAGUCAGGAGGAACAACCUCCUAACUGGCAAGGUGCUGGUACUGGUAAUGCCCGCUAGGGUAAGGAUACAAUAUGAAUUGUUGGCAAAGGCUCAUUAGUGUCCAGGCUGUGUUGCACUUUCUCAAAAUAUGGUAAAACACUCAAAAAUAAGGAAUAAUGGGUAUACUCAACCUGUGUCUUGGACUGUUAGAUGUUUCCCAGUCAGUGUGAUAUUCAGUCUACUGGUGAGGUGGGGGUCAUUCUUAGGUUAUACAUAGUUAACCACAGUGAUGGCUGCUGUUGAAUUUCACACUAUGUUAGUCAAAGCAGCAAUUACAUCAGUGAGAAUGAUGAGCUCUUAUAGAUUCUUACUUCUAAAUUAAGAAUGUUAUCAAGGUCAUUCUGUGGUUUUACACCUCUUGAUCACUAAGGAAGUAAAUUUCAUAUUUCACUUUGUAUGGCAGUGAUUUUUAAGUUGUACUUCUCAGAACACAGUGACAAUUAAUUGGGUUUCAAAUUUAAUAUUAUUUGCUCUUGGUAAGCGUUAUUGUUAUUGUUCACAGGCUUCAUUGUCCUGAUGAUCAUCCACAUUCAAAAAUGUUUCACUGACUGUUGGGGUCUCAUUUAUAAAACUUUGCAUGAAUUUGAGUGUGAAAAUAUGUGUACGGCAAAAAAUAGGAAAAUGUAUACACCAGGAAAAAAUCUGAUUUGUAAAAUUUGGCAUACACACAUUUCUUUGCAAUUUACCCUUUAUAAAUCACAAUUAUCUUGUAAGUCUUCAGAUAUGAACACACCUUGAACUCUGCCAUUGGACUAUACUAAUCAACCUCAUACAUAUGCAAUCAUUGGCAGGUAGAGCAGCCUCCCACCUGACGCUGUGACACCCCAUUACCUGCAUUGAAGAGUUAUCUGGCUGUGUUCUGCAACUGACAGCACAUGAUCAUGUAUAGCAUUAGAACAAAAAGCAUAAAACACUACCAUCUAAUUGGAUAACUGCUAUCACCUGGCACAUGUAAUUACAUGAUUCCUGUUACAAUGAGUAGUACAGGCCAUAUGAAACACUGAGGGUUCAGACAGUUACCUUACCAACAAGCCAGCUGUCACGAAGAACACAGUCAUGUCCAUCAUGGUUUCUUUGCUUCAAAAUAAACAAAUCAUGGUUUUGGUCCAUGCCACCAAGCCAUGACGUUAGUCAGUCUCAUCUUGCCAUCAUAGAUGAACAGUAAGUUAAUUAAAUGUAACUACUUAUGGCUAGCAAAAGCAGCUACAUUCUUGGUAGGUGCCCUUAUAGCAAUAUAAGUCUAGUAAAGUGCUCGGAUUACAUUAAGAAACUAGAUGCAGCUGAAAAUUGCCUUUUUAUGAUGGCAAAAACAUGUUUUAUGUAGGUACAGCAACACUGUAUGAACACUGGAUGUAGCACCUUGCCGGUCACUUAAUUGCUUUUGGCACAGUUGGUAUGACGGAGUUAGGUUUGGAUGAGAUACUGUUGACCUGUCAGGUAGCUGAUAUAAACUGACAAAAAAACAAAAAACAUCUUCAGGGCAAAUAUCUGAAGUAAAAGAAAGAAGUAAAAUACAAUAUUUGCAUCAUAAUUAUCACUUUGAGGUAUAAUACACAAUUAUAAUAAUGGCCUGCUGAUAUGCAUUAUUAUAUGUAUGAAUCAUUAUUUACCUGAUUUGGUUGCAUUUCCCACUUUCUCCAAAAUGCUGCAUACAGAUAGUUGCAGUAAAUAUACUCAAGAUCUCCUGUCAAGUUUUCUUUUAUCUUUUAUAAAUCCCAACAUUUGUGUGGAAAGCUGCAUGCACAUAUUUUGAGCCCUUUUUGUGAGUACACAGGUUUUAUAAAUCUGAACCCAGGUGAGUGUAUCUAUCACUCAUUGUGUUUUCCUCAACAGUCUGUAAGAUUUCACAGACUAAGUAUGAUAGUCAUUUCCAAGCUUCACCUAUCUGCAUCAGAAGAGAGUGAUGGCUGUUUAUGCAUAGAUUCUCAGCCAUGAACAAAUGAGAUCAUUAAAUGGUUGAAAACAACUAUCUCCUCUCAAAAUUAAGAUUUGACGUUCCCUUGUCCAUUAAAAUGAUUGUCCAUAUAUGUCUGCAAGGUAAAUAUGUAGUUGUUUCCAUGUUUUGGUGUACUCCUAUCAGAAUUUUGAUUGCUCAAAUGUGUUGGGUUCCCAUUUUUCCAACACUUAGUAGAAUGGUUCCAAUUAUUCCUUCAGCAGUGUGACAACUACACUUGAUCUGGUACAUUUGUGUUCAUGUCUGCUUUGGGAUACCUGAUCCAAUUAAUUUGAUAUACAGUAUAUUGGCAUCAGAGAGUUAAUAACCAUUCCUACAAAGACAGCAGUUGUUGGUGUGCCAGCUAAUGGUGUAUAGAGUACAACACUCUGCACAAAGAAUCUUCAUGCAUUCAUAAACAUUCACUUUAAUAUUCAUCAUUAGGUCUUGCAUGGUAUAAUGAAAAGACACGGCAAAACCAGUAUUACCAACACUUCUAUCCAAAUGUGGACUGAAAAGGACAAUUCAACUUCAAACACCAAAGAACUUGAAGAGGGUGCUCUUUCACUCGGCCUGUGUCAAAAGGCACCAAAUCCAACCUUGCCUUGGUCUCUUAUCCUUCAUAUGUUUCGGAAACUCAUGUAAAGCUUGAGCAUCUGCAGCAUGUUAGGAUUUUGUUAGAAGUGUCGCUGGCGUGUGCGGCUAUGGGCAAGUCCCAGCAGAGAGCAGGCGCUGGCAGCAGCUGUAACAAAGCUGAUUGCUCCGAUUGCCCUGGAUGCCUACAAAACAUAAUGACAGGCAUCAUUAUCGGUAAAUCACAGCAGUGCAUGUUACAUUUCUCUACCACAUAAAAGCAGUUGACAGAUAUAGCAAAUGACAGCACAUAGCAUAUUAGACUACUCUGGAUAGGUCUCUCUAGCAUGUGAGGGAAAAAUGUAAGAUCUUCUUGACUGUGUGAUACCCCUUGGCAGUCUAAGAGAAGACACAAGAGCACUUGACAGGUCUCUCUGGCAUGAGUGAGGGGAAACACAUCAGGAAUCAUGGAAAGCAUCUGCAAUUUAUGGGGCUAUGGGUUACAUGCAGAUUCCUGUAGAAACAGAAUUUCACCGGGUGGCUGGACCUAAACUAACACCUUCCAUGUCUCACCCUAGAGGAGAGAUUCACACUUAAAAUCCAGGGGGUGCCUCCCAUGUUCCAGCAAUCACUUAGUUAGCCUACUUCAGAUAGAUAGGCCUGUAGGUUGUAGUACUUGAAGUAGGUUUGCAGUUAAAGGCAUUAACAUUUGAAUACAACUUUUCAGGUUUCUUAUGCCCACAGGAAGCCACUGACAUUCAGAAUAACUCAGCAUUAUAGUAUUGAUAAUAUGAUGAGCCAUUCUGUUGUCAAGUUUAAAAUAAAUAUCAAGAGGAUGAUACAGGCCCCUACCAAGCAGUUUAAUGGACAAACGCAGUCAGCAUUUCAAAGUCCGGAACACAUAUUUCAUCUUUAAUUAUAAAGUGUUCACUUUUUUACUAUUUCUUAUCAUGUGGCGGUUGCAGCAAUGUUCUGUAAUCAGCACAUGCUCCCAAUCUCUCUUUCUCCCUCUCUCAUUCCCACAAAUCUCCAGACCCACUCCUGCUUUCUCCACUCUGUCUGAUCAAAUCAGAAUGUAAUCUGUAGUUUAAGCCGGUUCUCUUCAAAUACUGAAAAUGGCACAAUACUUGAACUCACUGUAACUCACUAUAAGAUGUGACAGCUCUUUCAACUUUAAAAGUGAUUGAACAUUCUUAGUUAUAUGGAGGCUAACCAAUUAUGAAUGCUUCCCACAUCGUUGCCCUUUCUAUUCUUAAAUAGGCUGUUUCUUCAGUAAAGGUGUAAUAGAGUUUCUUAGUCAGUAGUGAUCACAGUGCUGCUACCAGUUGAGUGCAGGAAUAUUUCCACUGUACUUUCCUCAGAGUCUCUUACAUUCUCAGAUGUUGUAGAUGUAAGGUAGCCUUUAGAUCCUCUAUGCUCACCCUGUCACACCUCUGAAGUUCAUAGUUCGUCAAAAAGGUAGUUGGUCUGUGCCGGCACUUGGGUUUGCAAAGACAGCAGCAGAUUUCCAAAUCAAAAAUCCAUUUACAGAAUUUAUAGUAAUUUAAACUAACAAGCCAGACGCCAAAUCUUAACAUUAACAUUUGU